AGAUUUCCAGUUGAUCCCGCAUGAUGGACUGAUUGAUUUACAGCAGUGUCACCGGGUCACAGGAGGGAUGGCAUGCUUCACACAGGCAGCCAAUACCAUUGUCUGGUGUGUGUGUACUAUAUAUACCAGCCGAUGCCUACAUGCUUGCACAAAGCCUUCAGUCCAAAAGCUUUCAACAAAGAGAGCACCUAACAGUGCAAAACAGGGGUUUAUGCCUCAACUAUAGUUUUUCAGGGAUGUCUCUGACUCUACGUCUCUGAUACAAAACAGACUGCUCUCUCUCAAAGGUUCAACAAUGGCUGAUGAUGAUAAUGCUCCCAUGCCAAUGGCUCCAAAGGUCGAACACACCAAGGGAAAGCCCAAGUCCAAGAUCUCAUCCUCCCGCAAGGUGUCACUGAAGAUCCUCCUAUUGUCACGUGCAUUAGAGGAGCUGGAGGCAGAGAAACAAGCCAGAGAGGAGGAGAAGGUUCGCUACCUGGGGGAGCAGCUCCCGCCCCUGCAGGUGUCUGGCCUGUCCUUGGAGGAGCUGCAGAAACUGUGUAAGCAGCUCCAUACCAGGAUUGACCAAGUGGAUGAGGAGCGCUAUGACUGUGAGGCCAAGGUCUACAAGAACGGCAAAGACAUCCACGAGUUGAAGCUGAAGGUGAUGGACAUGGGGGGUAAGUUUAAGAAGCCAGCUCUGAGGAAGGUCAGAGUAUCAGCAGAAGAGAUGAUGAGAGCACUGCUGGGCACCAAACACAAAGAACAUAUGGACCUCAGAUCCAACCUCAAGUCUGUUAAGAAAGAGGACAUCAAACAGGAGAAGGAGGGCAACCUGGAAGUGGGAGACUGGAGGAAGAACGUGGAGGCCAUGUCUGGCAUGGAGGGCAGGAAGAAGAUGUUCGAUGCUGGCGGUGGCCAAUAAGGUGGUUCCUCACCACAUGGGGGUGGGGACACAGACUUCCAUGACACUGAGGGAUAAAAAAAAAUGUUGUAAAGAGAAGAGAGAGAG